AUGCUAAUCUUCACUGGGGGCUCAAAAGGGCUCGUCGACUUGGUCGCGAGCCAGCGCUCGAUCGCCGUCCGCUCAUACGACUGCCCGUCGGCCGCCACGACUGGCUCGACCAUGAUCUCGGACUGGGGCCAGCCGAAGUUCCGCCUCAAGCAGAUCCGCGACUGCCUCUACGGCGACGCUCCGGCGGGCGACAUCGACGCGAUGCACACGCUGCCAAAGGCGCUGCGCGCCAGAUUGCGGGAGCACGCCACGCUGGGCGAACUGGGGGUCGAGUUCGAGCAGCAGUCCAAGGACGGGACGCAGAAGCGCCUCUGGCGCUGCCACGACGGGUCGCUCAUCGAGUCGAGGCGGCGCGUUUUCUGCUUCAGGCGCACCGCGUGCAUCUCGUCGCAGGUGGGCUGCGCGAUGGGCUGCACCUUCUGCGCGACCGGGCAGAUGGGCUUCCGGCGAGACCUCAGCGAGGCGGAGAUCUUCGAGCAGGCCGCGCGCUUCUCCUCCGAGCUGCGCGCGCGGGGCGAGCGGCUGAGCAACGUCGUCUUCAUGGGCAUGGGCGAGCCGUUCCGCAACUACGACGCCGUCGUCGGCGCAGCGCGGCGCAUCAUGGGCGAGCUCGGGAGCGGUUUGCGGAGGAGGGGCUCGAGGCUCGCAAUCUCGCUGCACGAGGCCGACGACGUCGCGCGCUCCGCCAUCAUGCCCGUCAACCUAGAAGCGGAACACGGAUUCAUGCCCGUCAACCGGAGGCACGACCUCGACGAGCUGAUUGGCGCGUGCCACUACUACGCGCUGAUCGCCGGGCGGAACGACGACGCCGCGACCGCGCGUCGGCGCGGCAAGCUGCUGCGGGGCACCCCGAGGUCUUCUUGUUUCACUGUUUUCUUUCAGUAG